CAAGUUAUCUAUCUCUCUUUCUCUCCUUUUUCUUCAGAGACUCUUAUUGGAAAUAGCGAAACAAGGACCUCUUUUCUUCCUUUCACGAGAUCCGAUCUUCAAACUCCAUCUUUUUCUUCUCUCUUUUUGCCCCCAUCAUAUGGCUAUUCUAUGAAACCCUACUACAUCUACAGCUAGACAGAUCUCUCAUAUAAAUCUUUCCACAGAGGGAGAGAGAUACGAGAGAGAGGGAGAGAGAGAGACAUAGGGAGAGAGAGAGGGACGAGAGAGAAGGAGAGAGAUACGAGAGAGAUAGGGAGAGAGAGACGAGAGAGAGGGAGAGAGAUACAAGAGAGAGGGAGAGAGAGAGACAAGAGAGAGGGAGAGAGAGAUGUGGAGAGGGAGAGAGCUGCAGUUUAAUGAACUUUUGCUUUGUCUAAACUUUUGUUCUUCAUAGUUGUUUGAUAUGUUUCUACUUACAUCACCUCUCUCUUUUCUUUUUUCACAGAUCUUUUAAGUUAAGGCUACAAAGACGAAAUAUUGCCUUGUAUCUCAUUCCUUCUGUUUUCUGGGUGCAAUAAAGCCGGAUCUUCCUAGGUACUGCAAUUAUAAAAGGAGCCCUUUCAUAACCAACCAAAGGAAUAAUAUUCUAAAAACAAGCUAGCUGGUUAUUAAGGUACCGGAAAAGAUGGCCUCUGCCUCGAAUUCCCCUUGUGCAGCAUGCAAAUUUCUUCGUCGGAAAUGUCAACCCGAGUGCGUUUUUGCACCGUACUUCCCACCAGACCAGCCUCAAAAAUUUGCAAGUGUGCACAAAGUAUUCGGAGCCAGCAAUGUCACAAAGCUUCUCAACGAACUGCACCCCCAUCAACGCGAAGAUGCUGUGAACUCCCUGGCUUAUCAGGCAGACAUGCGGAUCCGUGACCCGGUCUACGGCUGCGUUGGCGUCAUCUCCCUCCUCCAGCACCAACUCCGUCAGCUCCAGAUGGACCUCAGCUGUGCCAAGUCCGAGCUCUCCAAGUACCAGAACCAUCACAUUGGAGGCGUCGGGGUCGGGGUCGGUGGGGGGAGUAUUACUAGUCAUAGCCUCAUAGCUGCCGCGGCUGCUGCAGCCGCGGCAACUAGUCAUCAGAAUCUGGGGAUCAAUCUGAUAGGGAACGGGGGAACAGGUUCCCCCGUCCCCUACCAUCACCACCAGUUCUUUCCUCACCAGCAACAGGUGAUCAGGACAUUCGACGGAACCACCAUGAGCUAUGAUGCUAGUAAUCUCCUCGGAAUGGGACCCAUGAGUCAGUUUCCUCAACCUAGGGUUGCUGGUGGAGAUGAGAGGUGAAACUUUGAUUAAUUAAUUAAUUAAUUAAUUAUCAUAUCAUGCAUCAUGCAUGCCUAGCUCCAAAAUUACUUAUAUACAGAUCUGUAUUAAUUAAUUAGUUAUCUAUCUAAUUAGGUUUAUAUAUCAGAAUUCUGUUCUUACUCAUGAUCGAACAUAGUGAAAUUAAUUAAUGAGUCCUUAAUUUUAUUAUUAAUAUUUGUAUUGCCUUCUACAGUUUGCGAUGAGUUAAAGUAUCACUGUUGGCAUUUCUUGCUACAGUUAAUUUGUUGGUUCA